AGGCUGCAGUGCGGGAGUACUCGCAGUCGGUGUCCGGGGAGCGAGCGGAGCCGGGCGGGCGCGCACUGAGCCCGCGAGCAGCGACAGCGACCGACCGCGCCGGCUCGAGCGGCCCCUCGCCCGCCAUGCGCCCCGCCUGCUAGGGCGCCCCCUCCGGCCCCCGCUGCCCUCACCUAGCGCCGCCGAGCCCGCCUGGAUGGAGUCCCGCCCGGGUUCCCAUUGGCUCCCGUGAGCGCUUGGGUGUCGAGAGCCCGCUCCCCGCGCAGCAGCGGACCAACUUUGGAAGCGCGCCCCGCAGCCCGCGUUGCAGCCCGGCGUCACCAUGGGAAGCAAAGGUGCCUUCCACUACCACUGGCAGAGCCACAAUGUCAAGCACAGCGGCGUGGACGACAUGGUCCUGCUGUCCAAGAUCACCGAGAACGCCAUCGUGGAGAACCUGAAGAAGAGAUACAUGGACGACUACAUCUUUACAUACAUAGGAUCUGUGUUAAUCUCAGUCAACCCUUUCAAGCAGAUGCCUUAUUUUGGGGAGAAAGAAAUUGAGAUGUACCAAGGAGCGGCCCAGUAUGAGAACCCACCCCACAUCUACGCUCUGGCAGAUAACAUGUACAGAAACAUGAUCAUUGACAGAGAGAACCAGUGUGUCAUCAUCAGUGGCGAAAGUGGUGCAGGGAAGACAGUGGCAGCCAAAUACAUUAUGAGCUACGUCUCCAGGGUGUCUGGAGGAGGUCCCAAGGUCCAGCAUGUCAAGGACAUCAUCCUACAGUCCAACCCGCUGCUAGAGGCCUUCGGGAACGCCAAGACCGUGCGCAACAACAACUCCAGCCGCUUCGGAAAAUACUUUGAAAUCCAGUUCAGCCCAGGUGGGGAACCAGAUGGUGGGAAGAUCUCAAACUUCCUUCUGGAAAAAUCCCGUGUGGUGAUGAGGAACCCUGGAGAACGGAGUUUUCACAUAUUUUACCAGCUUAUCGAGGGCGCCUCUGCGGAGCAGAAGCACAGCCUGGGCAUCACCAGCAUGGACUACUACAACUACCUGAGCCUCUCGGGCUCCUACGAGGUGGACGACAUUGAUGACAGGCGGGAGUUCCAGGAAACCCUGCACGCCAUGAACGUCAUCGGAAUCUUCGCCGAGGAGCAGACGCUGGUGCUGCAGAUAGUGGCCGGCAUCCUCCACCUGGGAAACAUCAGCUUCAAGGAAGUGGGCAACUACGCGGCCGUGGAGAGUGAAGAGUUUUUGGCUUUUCCCGCCUACCUCCUGGGGAUCAAUCAAGACAGGCUGAAGGAGAAGCUCACCAGCCGGCAGAUGGACAGCAAGUGGGGAGGCAAGUCAGAGUCCAUCCACGUCACCCUCAAUGUGGAGCAGGCCUGCUACACCCGGGACGCGCUCGCCAAGGCCCUGCACGCCCGCGUCUUCGACUUCUUGGUCGAUUCCAUCAACAAAGCCAUGGAGAAGGACCAUGAAGAAUAUAACAUUGGAGUCCUGGACAUCUAUGGCUUUGAAAUAUUCCAGAAAAACGGCUUUGAACAGUUUUGUAUCAACUUUGUUAAUGAAAAAUUACAGCAGAUUUUUAUCGAGCUGACGCUGAAGGCGGAACAGGAAGAGUAUGUUCAAGAGGGAAUCCGGUGGACCCCCAUCGAGUAUUUUAAUAACAAAAUCGUCUGUGACCUCAUAGAGAACAAAGUUAACCCACCCGGCAUCAUGAGCAUCCUGGACGAUGUGUGCGCCACCAUGCACGCCGUGGGGGAGGGCGCUGACCAGACGCUGCUCCAGAAACUUCAAAUGCAGAUCGGGAAUCACGAGCAUUUCAACAGCUGGAACCAGGGCUUCAUCAUCCACCACUAUGCUGGAAAGGUCUCCUACGACAUGAAUGGCUUCUGUGAAAGAAAUCGGGACGUGCUUUUCAUGGAUCUGAUCGAACUCAUGCAGAGCAGUGAGCUACCAUUUAUAAAGUCUUUAUUUCCGGAGAAUCUCCAAGCUGACAAGAAAGGACGUCCAACUACUGCUGGCAGCAAAAUCAAGAAACAAGCGAAUGACCUCGUGAGCACCCUCAUGAAGUGUACCCCUCACUACAUCCGCUGCAUAAAGCCCAACGAAACCAAGAAGCCCCGAGACUGGGAGGAAAGCAGGGUAAAACACCAAGUCGAAUACCUGGGUCUAAAAGAAAACAUUCGAGUGAGAAGAGCUGGUUAUGCUUACCGGCGAAUCUUCCAGAAGUUUCUACAGAGGUACGCCAUCCUCACCAAAGCCACCUGGCCCUCAUGGAGGGGAGAUGAGAAGCAGGGGGUGCUGCACCUGCUGCAGUCUGUCAACAUGGAUAGCGACCAGUUCCAGCUGGGCAGGAGCAAGGUGUUCAUCAAGGCCCCGGAGUCGCUAUUUCUUCUAGAAGAAAUGAGAGAGAGGAAGUAUGACGGGUAUGCUCGCGUGAUACAGAAAACCUGGAGGAAAUUUAUAGCCCGGAAGAAAUAUGUGCAAAUGAGAGAAGAAGCCUCAGAUAUUCUGUUGAACAAGAAGGAGAGGCGGAGAAACAGCAUCAACCGGAACUUCAUUGGGGACUACAUCGGGAUGGAGGACCACCCGGAACUCCAGCAGUUUGUGGGCAAGCGGGAGAAAAUUGAUUUUGCAGAUACGGUGACCAAGUACGACAGGAGGUUCAAGGGUGUGAAGCGAGACCUGCUUCUGACUCCCAAGUGCUUGUACCUGAUUGGACGAGAAAAGGUCAAACAGGGCCCAGACAAAGGCCUCGUGAAAGAAGUGCUGAAGCGGAGGAUCGAAAUGGAGAGGAUCUUGUCCGUGUCCCUCAGCACCAUGCAGGAUGACUUUUUUAUUCUUCACGAGCAAGAAUAUGACAGCUUGCUGGAGUCCAUCUUCAAAACGGAAUUCUUAAGCCUCUUAGCAAAACGUUACGAGGAGAAAACCCAGCAGCAACUACCUCUGAAAUUUAGCAACACGCUUGAGCUCAAGUUGAAGAAGGAGAACUGGGGCCCCUGGAAUACGGGGGGCUCCCGGCAGGUCCAGUUCCAGCAAGGCUUCGGCGACAUGGCCAUUCUCAAGCCCAGCAACAAAGUGCUGCAGGUCAGCAUCGGACCCGGGCUGCCUAAGAACUCCCGCCCCACGAGAAGAAACACCAUUCAGACCAGAGGCUAUGCCAGCGGCCCGCAGAACGCCAACUACCCAACGAGAGCCGCGCCUCCCCCACCCGGCCACCACCAGAAUGGAGUCCUCAAAAACCAGUUUGUGCCCCAGCCCCACGUGCCCGGCACACAGAGGGCGAAUCAGAAGAGUCUAUACACGUCUAUGGCCCGGCCGCCCCUGCCCCAGCAGCAGUCCACCGGCUCUGACCACCGGGUGUCCCAGGCUCCGGAGAGUUUCGACUUCCUCAAGGUCCCGGACCAGGGUGCCGCAGGCGUCCGCAGGCAAACGACCAGUCGGCCCAUGCCCGCGGGGGGCAGACCCAAGCCCCAGCCCAAGCCCAAGCCUCAGGUGCCGCAGUGCAAGGCUCUGUACGCCUACGACGCUCAGGACACAGACGAGCUAAGCUUCAAUGCCAAUGACAUCAUCGAUAUCGUCAAGGAGGAUCCUUCGGGCUGGUGGACAGGGCGACUCCGGGGCAAGCAGGGCCUGUUCCCCAACAACUACGUGAGCAAGAUCUGAGGCACAGAGACUCUGCCCCGGGGUGGGCGAAGGCACGCCGGGCACACGGACCAGGAGGCAACUCUGCGGCUCCCUCCCCGCCGGAGCAAGCCCACGCCUCUCCACGCCUGGACUCACUGUGGCACCAUCCCCACAGAGAGGCCGAGUCGGAGGGGAGAGGUCCUCCAGGAUGGCCUGCUCACCGGAGCCGGGGAGGGCCCAACAGCCGCCCAGCUCACAGUUAUUUAUUCUAUUUAAACCUGGUGAGAGGCCCGCUCAGCCCCUUGGGGCUCAGCCUGCAUCCCCCCGCCACUUUCACCAGGCCCAGGGUGUGGGGGCGGCUGACGGACAAGUGCCUUUAGAUGAAGAGCACAUCCCCCCUUCUCCUCUCUGCCAACGUCCCUCAGGGAAGGCCUGCCUUCUGCAGGUGCCAAGGGCAGGGGGUGACUUACUGGGCCCAGCAGGGUGGGGAAGAGGGGGGCACCGAGCUGGUCUGGGACCUGGGGCCAAGCUGGUGGCCUCGCUUCAGAGCUCUGGUCUUUGUUUGGGAUGGCUGGCCAUGUCAGUUUUGAGUUCAAUGCUGCACCUAUUUUGAGAAAGGAGCUCUUUUUCUUUUUAUUUUUUUCUCCAAGCUGUACAUUUAUUGAAAAUUAAAAAAAAAAAAAACAGAUCUUAUACUGUAUAGUAGGCCGAUCCGCAGAUGGUAGAUACACAUAAGAAUGUGCUAAGUAGUAGACACUGUACUUACUGCUGAGGGAGGUGUCCUCCCAGGACCCUGCAGCAGGUACUUGCAUAUGCGCACGGCCCCGUGUUAGCGCUUUCUAGCUUCAUCCAGACAGCCCUACCCAACCUCGCUCUGGCGGCCAUCUUCAGUUCCCCUCCUGUUGCCCUCCACCACCCUGAGUAAAUAAAGGAAUCAGUGAACCAAA